AUGUGUGGCAUCUUUGGAUACAUCAACUAUCUGGUGGAGAAGGACCGCAAGUUCAUUCUCGAUACCUUGAUCAACGGUCUCUCCCGUCUCGAGUACCGAGGAUAUGACUCUGCUGGUUUAGCAGUCGACGGGGACAAGAAGAACGAGGUCUACGCUUUCAAAGAGGUUGGCAAGGUUGCUAAGCUCAAGGCUCUUAUUGACGAGUCCAAUGUCGACCUCACCAAGAUCUUCGAUUCACAUGCCGGUAUCGCGCAUACUCGAUGGGCUACCCACGGUCCUCCGUCGACAGUCAAUUGCCAUCCUCACCGUUCGGACCCUACCUGGGAAUUCAGCAUCGUUCACAAUGGCAUCAUUACCAACUACAAGGAGCUUAAGACGCUUCUGAUUGCUAAGGGCUUCAAGUUCGAAACCGAGACCGACACUGAAUGCAUUGCCAAGCUCACCAAGUAUAUUUACGACCAACACCCUCAGAUUGGCUUCACAGACUUGGCCAAGGCUGUCAUCUCAGAGCUUGAGGGAGCGUAUGGCUUGUUGAUCAAGUCCGUACACUACCCACAUGAGGUCAUUGCCGCCCGUAAGGGUUCGCCGCUUGUCAUUGGCGUCAAGACUCAGCGACGCAUGAAGGUCGACUUUGUUGACGUCGAGUACGCUGAUGACAACACUCCUCUCCCCGCUGAGGCCGCGUCUCAGAACGUUGCCCUGAAGAAGAAUGCCACCGACUUCCUCUCUCCCUCCAACAGCUUGCUUGGAGCUCCCGACAAGUCUCUUCUGCACCGCUCACAGUCCCGUGCCUUUAUGACCGACGAUGGCAUGCCCAUGCCCACCGAGUUCUUCCUCUCGUCCGAUCCUUCGGCCAUUGUGGAACAUACUAAGAAGGUCUUGUAUCUUGAGGACGAUGACAUUGCUCACAUUCAUGAAGGUUCCCUGAACAUUCACCGUCUGAAGAAGGCCGACGGUAGCUCCAACGUCCGUGCCAUUCAGACUCUUGAGCUUGAGCUCCAGGAGAUCAUGAAGGGCAAGUUUGACCACUACAUGCAGAAGGAAAUCUUCGAGCAGCCCGAGUCCGUCGUCAACACCAUGCGUGGCCGUCUCGACAUUAAUGCCAAGACUGUCACUUUGGGCGGAUUGAGGUCAUACAUUUCAACCAUUCGCCGCUCCCGAAGAAUUAUAUUCAUUGCCUGUGGCACCAGCUACCACUCCUGCAUGGCCGUCCGCGGUAUUUUUGAAGAGCUUGCUGAGAUCCCCAUCUCUGUGGAGUUGGCUUCCGACUUCCUCGACAGAGAGGCCCCUGUAUUCCGUGACGACACUUGCGUGUUUGUUUCACAGUCUGGUGAAACCGCCGAUUCGCUGAUGGCUUUGCGCUACUGCUUGGAGCGUGGCGCUUUGACCGUUGGUAUUGUCAAUGUUGUCGGUUCCUCCAUUUCUCUUCUCACCCACUGCGGUGUCCACGUCAACGCCGGUCCCGAGAUCGGUGUUGCCUCCACCAAGGCCUACACCUCUCAGUUCAUUGCCAUGGUCAUGUUCGCUUUGUCCCUGAGCGAGGACCGGGCUUCCAAGAAGGAGCGUCGCGAGGAAAUCAUGCAAGGUCUCGCCAAUGUGUCCAGCCAGAUCAAGACCAUUUUGGAAUUGGACAAACCCAUCAAGGAGAUGUGUGAGAAGGUUUUCAAGAACCAAAAGUCCCUUCUCCUUCUUGGUCGCGGUAGCCAGUUCUCCACUGCACUCGAAGGUGCGCUCAAGAUCAAGGAAAUUUCCUACCUCCACUGCGAGGCUGUCAUGUCUGGUGAACUAAAGCACGGUGUGUUGGCCUUGGUCGAUGCCAAUAUGCCCAUCAUUAUGAUCCUCACUCGUGAUGAGAUUUUCAAGAAGUCUCUCAAUGCAUAUCAGCAAGUCAUUGCACGUGAAGGCAAACCCAUCAUUCUUUGCAACCCUGACGAUCCUGAGUUUAAGAACUCGGAAGCUCAGAAGAUUGAGAUCCCCAAGACUGUUGAUUGCCUUCAAGGACUUCUCAACGUCAUUCCCUUGCAGCUGAUUGCUUACUGGCUGGCUGUUCUUGAGGGUCUUAAUGUCGACUUCCCUCGCAACCUGGCCAAGUCUGUUACUGUCGAGUAA